AUGAAGCGAGCACUCCGCGCAUCAUCAAGAGUCCGCUACCAACAACUCAACGUACCCAGCACAAAUGACCUAGAGACUCAAUCACCGCCGAAUGAGCGGUCAGGCUUUGACUUUCCGAGCGAAAACGUCUCAUUUUUCGGCCAGAUCCGCUCCACUGUUGUUGCGUCACGAUUGAAUUGGUUACUAAUUUUUGUGCCUGUUGGUCUUGCGGCGCAUAUGCUUCAGAUUAAUCCGUUGUUGAUUUUUAUCACGAAUGCUGUUGCUAUUGUGCCGUUGUCGGUCAUGUUGACUGAGGCGACGGAGAGGAUUGCUGCUGAGGCGGGAGAUACGAUUGGUGCGCUUUUGAAUAUUACGCUGGGCAAUCUUGUUGAACUUAUUAUUUUGGUGGUUGCUUUGGUGAACAACCACAUUCGCAUUGUUCAAGCUUCAAUCUUAGGAAGUGUGCUUGUGAAUUUGCUUCUUAUUCUUGGUUCUGCUCUUGUUGCGAGUAGCAUGUCCAAUAUUGAGGCUCACAGCAGCAUGGAAGAGUCUGAGCUUCUGGCCGCUCUUCUCUUUGUCUCCGUCUUUGUGAUUCUCAUUCCCACCGCAUUUGACUACACCUUCCACAAAAAAGGAAAACUAAGUGAAGCAGCACUAAGCAUGAGUCGCGCAUCAUCACUAGUAGUCCUCGUCAUUUACAUCGUCUACUUCGCCUAUGAAAUGAGACCCAAGAACGUCGAAGUCCCAUCAAUUCCUCUGCAAACAAUUCACACAGAUCAUCACCAACACCGACGAAACCAACAUUCCAACUCUCGACUUAUUCGCUUUUCUGAUCGGGAUGUUCCUACGCGGGCCAGAAGUACUACUCUUGACAGCAGAGGGGCGGCAGAGGAAGACCUUGUAAAGCGGGAAGCAGCACCACGAGCGAGUUUGUCGCAUCGAUCAAGAGGGCACUCGCGCUCGCGUUCACGUACGGAAUUCCAAGGGUCUGAGGGGAGGGAUGUUUCAGUCAACAGCGUACACCGACGAGUUCUACCGGAGCUUCCAGAGGUUCCGGAUCAUACGCCUCAUGUUUCCAGCACCAGCGGUACAAUAGCCGCUGUUACGGUUCUAGUAAUCUCAUCAGCUCUCAUGUCCAUGAACGCCGAAUUCCUCGUCAAGACAAUCGACGACGUCACUCACGAGGGCGGAUUAUCAGAAGCGCUAAUCGGUCUUAUUAUUCUGCCUAUCGUUGGAAACAUCGCAGAAUACGUCACCGUCGUUACAGUAGCGAUGCGAAACAAGCUCGAACUCGCAAUUUCAGUUGCUGUCGGUUCAGCUAUCCAAAUCGCUCUCUGCGUAGCGCCAUUGACGGUUUUGAUAGCGUGGAUGUUGGGACGCAAUUUGGAGAUGGCGUUCAACGUCUUCGAGACAACUACGCUUGUUGGAUCGGGGUUGUUGAUCAACUUGUUGAUUUUGAGUCGUGCGGGUACUGCUAUUAGAGCUAUUGGGUUGAAGGGAGCUCUGAUGUUUGCGUGUUAUAUCAUUAUUGGACUCGGCGCAUACUUUGAACCUCACGCGACAAAAUAG